UAAGGGCGGAAAAGGAACUGGUAAGGGCGGAAAUCGAGCUGCUUGUUUGUGUUUUGCUUCCUAAGGGAGGUUGCGAGAAGAAAGGGAGGAAAACGUGACGGCGGAGCAUUUCCAAAAUCAUUUCUUCAUCCGCGACAGAUGAGCGACGAAUUCGUGCGGACGUCUGAACGCGUUUGACGUUCCAAAAGCGUCGUCUGGCUCUCAGGUGCCCAUCGCGAGCCGUGCGACCCGCAGCGGCGAGGUCAUGGCCGGCAGGGGCGGGGCCACCAGGCCCAACGGCGCCGGCAAGAUCUGCCAGUUCAAGCUGGUGCUGCUGGGCGAGUCGGCCGUGGGCAAGUCCAGCUUGGUGCUGCGCUUCGUCAAGGGCCAGUUCCACGAAUUCCAGGAGAGCACCAUAGGAGCGGCCUUCCUAACCCAGACGGUGUGUCUGGACGACGCCACGGUCAAAUUUGAGAUUUGGGACACUGCGGGCCAGGAGCGCUACCACAGCCUGGCGCCCAUGUACUACAGAGGCGCGCAGGCCGCCAUCGUGGUCUACGACAUCACCAACGAGGAGUCUUUUGCACGGGCAAAGAAUUGGGUCAAGGAGCUGCAGAGGCAAGCCAGCCCCCACAUCGUCAUCGCCUUGUCGGGCAACAAGGCCGACUUGGCCUCCAAGAGGGCGGUCGACUUUCAGGACGCGCAGGCGUACGCCGACGACAACGGCUUACUUUUCAUGGAGACCUCGGCCAAGACGUCCGCCAACGUCAACGAAAUGUUUCUGGCCAUCGCCAAGCGACUGCCCAAGACGGAGCCCCAGCCGGCGGGCGGCAACAGCGGCGGGCGGAACCGCGGCGUGGACCUGGCGGAGGCGGCGCAGCCCGCCAAGGCGCCGUGCUGCAGCAACUAGAACGCGGCUCGGAACGUAUCGCCACGGUAACCCGUACGGGCAGCGGCGGCGGUCGCGGGACAUUUAGGUUGCUUGCGUUGCUCCUUCGUUAAUUAGCUCGCGCUAGCCGAGCCGUCGUUAGCGUCUAAUCGGACUAAACGUCACGCGGGCCGAACCGCCUGCGAUCCUAAAACCCGUCUGCUGUUUUUCAGUACGCGGGGGUGCCUUGACUUACGAGCGUCGUCACGGAACAGAUGAAACCGAAAGGAUCUCCAUAAGAAAAAUCGCGCGUUAGCAUUUAGCUAACAGGAAGGCAAAGUGGGUGCGGUUCGGCCUCUUUAUCGGAAGAAUUCUUCACUAUCUGCCAAACUGCGACAAAACCGCUAGCUCGCAAUCAUAACUCCAAUUUUUUUUUUUUGUACUCUCAAGUCAAGAGAACGAGAAAAACUUUAGAAUCGGAUCACUUGUAAGUCGAGGCGGCACCGCGUUGAUGAUCGUUUGCUCUGCAGUCAAAUUCGGCACACGCAAGGCGUGGAUGAGCAUUCGCUGCCCCCCGGUGGCUCCACGUCGCACCUGCAGGGACCGAAAAAAUAAAAGCUCGGCGUCGGGACGGCCGACAUUUUGGAUCGCGUCUCGGCGCGUUUGCCUUUUUUGCUUCGACGCAGACUUUUGGUUCCCGCCCGCCGGACCUGACGACAACUUUAAAAAAAAAAAAAAAAAAAAUUACAAUAUCUUUUAAUAUGUCGCUUCUAUUCAGAGCCAGCGGAAAGUGCUUUGAACGUCAGAGGUUCCCAUUUUAAUGUUGUUUUUUUUUUUUUCCAUAUUUAUACGUUAUGUACCACUUUUUACACGCCUUGCACUAAUGACUCACAUGUACGUCAUCGCGUCCUAAUCACAGCCACUGACUUAUGAAUAAAUCAAAAUUGAUACAUCAUAUACUGUAAA